CAUAGUUCUGAAUUUAUUGAUUUUAGUUUUAAUUGGGUUCAAAUAUUAUCUGUUUCGAAUCUAAUCGGUUUUGGGUUUUAUUGGUUUUAGGUAUUAUUGGUUUUGGAUCUAAUUGGUUUUGGGUUUAAUCGGUUUGAAUAUUAUCACUUUUGGAUUAAACGGUUUGGGAUUUAUAUUGGAUAUGAAUUAUUUAGUUCGGUUUUGGUUCGAUUUGGAACAUUUCGGAUUUUUGGUUAUAGAUCGGAUCUUCAUUUUUCAGGUCACUCCACACAAGUUUUUCCCGUCCCUCUGUAAUCGUAUAAGAAAAAUACGCCACCAAUUGAAUUUUCAAUUGCCUUCAUUAUGGAUUCGUAAGCUGCACUUUGUCCAUUGUUUAAGGUAUUUCUUAGCUCUUCAUGUUCCAUUGUAAGCUUGAAAGUAUUUCGAGUUAACAGAUUUAAGAUAGCGUAAAUCGGACCUGAAGUCAAGGAAAAGUUGCUGUUCAGAAUUUCGGAUAUGUCGAUGAACAACGAUUCCGACGAUUAACUCAUUAACUUCAAUAUUCCAACACCAAACCUUCUCUACGAUACCUUCCGGAUGUUUCUAAUAAUCGUUAGAGAGUUUAUGAAAAUCACCCCCUCCCUAGAGCUCUUCCUCUUUAUGUUCGAAGUCCUACCGGGUAACGCCAACUGCUCCGGAUUUGUGUACUUCCAUUCUCGAAAAGAUAAAGCUUUCAUCUCUGAUGUUCCACCCGGUCAUAAAAAAUGGAAAACACGGUUUGUCUUUAUUGACUUUCCCAAGGGCGAGUUCCCCUUUGAUGGCGAACUCCAAUGGGGAGACCGGCUCCCUGAGUCUGAAGAUGUUUACCUGGCCACUACUCCUGGUCUUGAGAAAGAUUGUGCGGCGUUAUUGAAGGGAGAUCCGACCACUGGGAAGGCUUUUAGCUUCGGGAAUUGGACACACCGGGUCCCUAGCUUGGAUGAGGGUACCCCUAGGUCCAAUGAAGCAGAGGCUGACCGGGUCGCAACCCCGGAGAGUAAUGCUGAGGCCGGGUCCACUCAUUCAGAGAUGAACUUCAGAAGCUAUGCCGACCCUGAGGAUGAAGUAGAGGACCUCGAGACCAGCUACGGCAACGUUACUUCUCCCCAGGUCGACCACAAUCACUCCACCGGGAUCAAUGAUCAGGUGAUACAUGACGUCCAAUCUGAGAAGAACCAAGGCCAUGAGUCACCCCUAUAUCAGGGCCCAAGCCAGGUGGAUGAUGUGGCUGAAGUGGCCGGUCAGAGCAAGAUUCCUACGGGCACCACCGAAAAGACUUCAACGGAGAAGAGAAAGAGGAGUUCCCACAAGAGCUCUAGAUCCCACUCUAAGACGAGGAAAGGGGAUCCCCAAUGCCGUGAUCCCAAAUAUGCAGAGAUGUCCGCUGAGCAACUUCUCCUAGCCAUUGCCCAAAAAUUGCACGGGCAUGGUGAGUUCUCUGAGGCUUUCUCUAGACGAAUUCUUGGCACGGGCGAUGAUGAAUCCCAACGACUCCAAAGGAUGCUUGAUGCUGCCCAUGAAGAGAUCAAAACACAUGUCACCAAUGCCAAUCAGGUGAAGACCUACCUUGAGCAGGUGAAUCUUGAGAACAACAAAAUGAAGUUCUCGGUCAGGGAGAAGGAUGAGGAGAUCAACCGGCUUAAGGAGGAGAAUGAGCGACUGAAUGAUGCACUGGUCAAGAGGGAAGAAGAAGUGAGGACCCUUGAAGCUGAUUCCCGUGCCAAAGACGAGAUGUUUCCUGCUAGGGCCGUGGAAUGGGCCGGCCAACACUACGCUGAGGUUGCCCGGGCCGUGACCGCUACACCAGAUGGAACCAAGGACUUCUUUGAGGUUUUGUUCAAGGAGCCUGAGGGUAAAAAGAUGACCACUGAGAUUGGAUUCUAUGGCUUCAUGAUGGGGCAGAAGGCGGAGAGGACUGGCAUGUACCGGCUUAUGCAGAAGAGGGAUCCUAAAUUCGAGGCCGUGGCAUGGAAGCUUCCCCCACUCCACAAAGAUGAACCAGUGCCCCCAUUCCCCCUUGAGUAGGGUUAGGCUAGAUUGGUGCCUUUGAAUUUUCUUCCAUUGUAAUAUUGACAUCGUUGGAUUUUGAACCCGGUGCACCUUGGUUGCUUGAUUUAAUAUUGAUUUUGUUACCAUAGGGAGAUUAGCAGUUGAAAUUGGAAACUUGUCUUCGAGACAUGGUCCGAAGAAUCUCUUUAAAAUUGGCCGGAGUCAUCACUGAAACGGUGACCGGUCACGGAAUAAAAUCGUCAAAUUGUU